GCAACACCAGUACCGCCCGUCGCGCUGCGCGUGGUAAUCAGCUAUGAAGUAUGAACUAAUCAUUUCAGUUUUGUUCAUUACGGAAUAAAUUUUCUCGUAUCAUUUAAUUAUAAAUUCGAUGAUUUGUGACAAAAUUAGUGUAGUGAAAAUGACAUUUAUAAUUUAAUAUAGAACUAUCAAUAUUAGGUGUAGCUAUCUGUAUUUAUUUGUUAUAAAAGUGUUAUAAUUCAGUGAGUAUUAUGAACUUUGAGGACUAUGAAACCCUCCCGACCCAGAAUUCCAUCACACACAUGACAGCCGGCGCUAUCGCAGGGGUGAUGGAGCAUUGCGUAAUGUACCCGCUGGAUUCGGUCAAGACGCGCAUGCAAUCCCUGCGAUCGGCACACAAUGGCAGCAUCGUGGAAACGUUUCGCUAUAUGGUGCAGCGGGAGGGCCUGCUCAGGCCCGUCCGCGGCAUGUCGGCGGUGGUGGUCGGCGCCGGGCCGGCGCACGCCUGCUUCUUCGCGACGUAUGAGCAGAGCAAGCACACGCUGUCACAGUUGACGAGGCAUCGGCACGACCAUAUCACACACGGUCUAUCUGGAUGUUUGGCGUCACUCAUUCACGAUGCUGUAUCAAAUCCAACAGAAGUGGUCAAACAACGGUUGCAAAUGCUUAACUCGCCGUACCGCGGCGUAUGGGAGUGCGCGCGGCACGUCUAUCGCGCUGAGGGGCUGCGAGCGUUCUACCGCUCGUACGGCACGCAAGUCACGAUGAAUGUACCGUUUCAGGCGGUACACUUCGUAACAUACGAAUGGUGCCAAUCGCGCCUAAACCCGACCCGCGGGUACGAGCCCCGCGCGCACCUCACGGCGGGCGCGUGUGCGGGCGCACUAGCCGCAGCGGCCACAACACCGCUAGACGUGUGCAAAACGCUCCUAAACACACAGGAACGGGGGGCUGAGGGCCUAGUUAGCGCAGCGGGACUUGUACUACGAACGUCCGGACCAAGGGGGUUCUUUAAAGGCGUGGCCGCGAGGGUGCUGUAUCAAAUGCCCGCAGCGGCGAUUUGUUGGUUGACGUACGAAACGCUCAAGCACGCAUUGAAUACGUGAAUAUGUUCAGGUGGAGCUCGAGGAGGCGCCCGCGCUGCGUCUCGCGCCCGAACCGGCCGCUACAUAGACCCCCAACACCCCCCGACACCCCCUAACACCCCCACACACAUAAACACCCCCAGAGACAAACACCCCCAGGCAUAUAAACACCUCCACACACACAUAACCACAAGACUUGUGACACUGUACACACUAGACUUACUCUGCGAACGAUUGAAGAAAGAUUUGGAACUGCAAUACAAUGGCUGACAACUACUCCUAUAAAUUAUAAUGGAUUGAAAAGAAGAAAAUGGCUGUAAAUUUUUUGCACCAAAAAUGAUAUUAACUGACAAAAAACACAUUUUUGAAAUAGCUCUUCUACUAGUGCUAAAGUUAUGUUCUAAAAUAUUAUGUGAUUUAUGUCAAGUGGUAGUAAGAAUAAUAAUGUAAAUUGUUGAUUUAAAUUUGUUUUGUAAAACUAAUACAUAGUACUCCUCUUUUAAUCCAAUACCAAAUUAAUUUGUGACAUUCAAGUUUGUUUAUGAACGGAUCAAAAUUGUAUAUAUUUUUAAGUAAAGUAACAAUUAAAAAACACGAAUUGUUAUUCAAAAUUGUAAUUGUAAUUUAUAUUACCGUAUGAACAAAGUUCAUUCUAAUCAUCAUUCGAAUUCGUAGACUAGUAAUCGAUUUUAUGUACAUUGGAAACACUAUAAAAAUGUACCAUUUAUAUUGACAUACAAAAAACGCUACAAGGCCAACUCAUAAAAUGGUCCAUUUAAAAGCCUUCUGUCCAUUGUACGUAAUGUGUAAGAGCAGGACAGAACGAUCUUUUUAAAUCGGUCGGAUAAUAGGCCUAUUUUGAACGUUUUUGGUAUGUCAAUAAACAUCUAUUUAGAUUUCAGUCGAACCGAUACGAAUACGAAAAUAUACCAGUGAUUUACAAAAAUCAUACGAAAAUAUAAAAAUGGGGUGGGGGAAGGCACCUGUUGUUGUUGUUAUGCGUUUUGUUGUUUAUUAACAGAGUAUAAUAUUAUCGAGAAAAAAAAAUAUUUUUUGUGUAUCUGUGCGCGGGCCCGCCGUUCUGCGUUUUGUUUUUUAUUUUAUUAUCUGUGAUUACGUUCGCUACGUCACUUGUACAUAAGCGGGCCUGUUUGUUACUCUGUGCGAGAUUAUUUUUUUAAACCAUUCGAUGAAUCACCGAACGCGAAAUUGACGUGAAAUUUAAAACAGACGCCAUUUUGAAUUCAUUGCUCACGAAUCAUUUUGCUUAUCGAUCAAUAAAAAAUACUAUCAAUAUAAUAUCUAUCAUACGAAAUUAUUACUACAAAUGAUCGCUUAUUUCUGAAGAGAUCGCUUCAAUAGUAUUAUUGCAUCGAAUUUUCGCUAACGUAAUUUUAGUAAAUCGUAAAGUAAUGUGUACAUAGUUCAAGCUCAAAUCGUGUCGUCUCGUUCUUUAUCAUUGGAAUUACAAUAGAAUGGAGCGAGAGGCAAUAACUAUAUUGUUAUUUAUUUUUUAAAAUAACCCACACUAAGAUAACUCGCGCAGAGUAAGUGUGUGCUUGAGCUGAGCGUGUAUGUGUGUGAGUAUGUGCGUAUGUAUGCGUUAGAAUAUAGCUGUGAUGUUAUAAAUAAAAUUAACUGUAAGUCAUUAUAAAUAGCGUCGAUAUUUAAGUAUUAAUUGUCCCUUACCUUUGAUUUUUUUAUCGCAUACGAGUUAAUAAAUUUUCUGUUGCUGUUUUAUAUUUUACAUAUUAUGCGUAUAUUGAUUUAUUGUUUGACGUUAUAUCUAUACUAUGUAUGUGUGCGUGCGUGUGUGUAUCCACACGCGCGUGUGUAGUGUGAGUGAAGUCAGUGGUCGGUGCCACUAUAAAAGUAUGACUA